CCCGGCGGCGGAGUUUAGUUGUGGAGCUGACGUAGGCGAAAUGAAAUCGGCUUGUUGCAGUUUUCCCCACAGAAAGGAAGUUGUCGUGACGGAGAUACGGGCAAAACUUGGUUGACUUGGUUGAGGAUAUUAUCGUCGGUGUUAUUUUUUUCUACCAGUCUAAGUCCGCAUCAACGACAAAGCCUGUGUGUCGGUGUGCUCAUCGUGUAGAGUCCCCGCAUGGAGGAUGAGGAGGAUGAUGUGUUUGAGCCAGACCUCCACUGCUGGCACACCACAUUCAAGGAGAUAAAGUGUGAGGAGCGGGCUACACAAACACCUGGCCCUGUACUGGCAUCGAACAACGGCAUGCUGCCCUGUGGAGUCGCAGAGGAGCCAAGACCACUCUUCUACGGCAACGCAGGUUUUCGAUUGCACUUCCCGGCAAACUUUGAGCUUGUUAGUGAUCAGGAGGCGAGGCGGAGAGAAAGCGAAGACGGGAUGGAGCAGCUACGCCAGCGACAGCCUGUGGCGCGCAGCGUGGAGGUCUGCAUCGGUCAGAAACUCCAGCUGAUCGGAGACCAGUUUCAUCGGGAACACUUGCAACUAUAUCGUCGAAACCAAAGGAACCAGGGGCUGCUAUGGUGGCGCCUGGCCACAGCUCUGCUGGGCCUGCUCUUUGACAGGGGUGUCUUUGCUGGAGGAGGCGGAGCAAGACGUAGCGGCACAGUCGGGGUGUUGGAAGGGAUGAGAAAGGUCACCGCGGGACGGAGACAAGCAACUUUUAUACAAGGUUUAAUUCUUUUCAAGAAGAUGCCAUGAUGCCCCGAGAUUCCUCUACAGGACAAUGUUCACAUUUUGCUAUAAGUGUGGUGUAGUCGUUUUGUACAGUACAAUGGUUGUGUUCAAUUUUUUGCACUUCACAAUGUAUUCAUUCUAUUGACCUCCACAGACCCUGGGAAUGCCUUAUUCAAUGUUUUCUGCCACAAAGAGUAUUGAGAGAAUUUACACGAUGGUUAAAAACAAAAGGAAAUGUGGUUGUGGGUUUUUUUUUUCUACCUUUGUGAAGUUUUUCCAGCUAACCACUCAAGUUGAUUUACUAAUUUCCAAAGAGGUAACUUUUCAGAACAAAGCAUUUUGCACCUCACCUGAAUGGUUACAUUUACCGUAAUAUGUUUUCCCCUCUUCUCUUCUUACUUUACUCAUCCAUUUGCUGUAAUACAAUGUUUAGUUUGGACAUUUUCUUGCAAUAGCAUGAGCUGUUUCUGUAGAUGAACUGUCUGCACACCAAGACAAAUAUUUAGUGACAUCCCGGGAAGUAUUAGGGGCGGAGUUAGCAGAAGUGAUUAUUGCUCACUACGCAAACAAAACCUGUGUAAAGAAGUGUUCCGACUGCAUAAAUCGUGGUUAUUAAUAUAAGGAAUGAGGAUUAUUCAUUUUAAAAAGAUUUAUUACACUAUGUGGAUGAAAAUAUUGAGAUUCUGAUGGAAUUAACAAAGGAGUUGCGUUAGUUUCCUCUGAUCAUCCCAUGCUUCCAACGAUGUGGGCUUAGUUGCUAUGCCGCUCUGCACAAAGUAAGGUUCUUAAAAGCAUGCUUCGAAGAGUUUGGUAUGGAAGCUGCCACAACCCGAUUAAACACCUUUGGGAUGAGCGAGAAAUAGAGGUCAUAGCGACCCCUACCUUCACCCCAUCAUCUCAUAGAAAGUCUUCCCAGGAGACUGGAAGCUGUUUCUUCCUUUGUUCCAAAGUGUCCCAAUACUUUUGUCCAUAAGGUGUGUCAAGCCAUCUGCUGUAAUACUAUCUAGUCACAGACACACAAGAUCGUAGUGCUCCAAUUUGUUGUAUAGGAUGUUCCUUUAGAAAGUUGUCAUGCCAGUGCACUAAAUGGCAACAUUAGUCAAGCCAAUUGUAUCCUCAGUGAGGGCACCACUGACCCUUCCAUCUUGAGUGUCGUCUUGCUGUGUCUUUUAUCCAUGUUAUUUGCAGACCUCCAUGCCCUUGAAGUGGAGCCGUGGAUCCACUGUUUUUGCACUAGUACACCCUUUAAGAGGUCCACUUGUUACCUUGAUCAGCCCUGUCUUAAAUGAAGGUUUUCAGUUCAUGCCACAAUGUCCCAUUUUUCAAUCAGUGUUGACAUGUGACUAAUCACAGUCUAGGAUCUGGACUGGAAAGAGCGGCUUUCUGUGUUGUUUUCAACACCAAACAGUCCAUCUGCGAAACAGAAUCUCCUCCUCUCAGGCAACUCUAAUGGGAUUUCCACCCGCUUUGUGUUCAGUGGGGUGACCCUUGUAUUGUCUUUGGUGCUCAGAUCCAGAUGUGACGCAGUUCUAUUCCACACCCCCAUCACUGACUGUGCAAACUGAAGACUAGUUAGUUAUUAUUGUUGAAAUACACUGUUGAAGAUGUUGUUUGUUUUAUUUUUCCAUUGAUGAACACAGGCCAACCUUUGGACCCACGGAGCAAUACAUAUCAGGGGUCUGUAAUGACUUGCUCCUAACAAUGUGUCAAGUUGAUCACUGCAUCAUUAUUAGGCUUUCCUCUUGUUAUCGACAUAUCUCAGGGACAAGGCUUUGUGGGCCACUGGAGACCUUGGGAAUCAGUUACAUGGUCAGAGGAAGAGCAGUGUUGUCACCUACAGUAUGACGAAACCUCAUCUGUCAAGGGGUUGUCACUUUGUUUCUUUAAUCCCGAUUUGUUCAAACGAAGGUACAGUUUAAUCAAAGAGCCAGGGGCUGACUUGUCGUCUGGAGGUGGUGACGGGGGGCUACUGAGUGUGUAGUUAGUAGGCGUGCGACGUGCACUGAAUGUGGUUGUAGUUUCCUGCGGAUCCUCAAUGCUGAGCCAGUUACCGUAGCGCCCCGUCCCAUCACUGGAACCUCAAGUCCUCUUUGUACUGCUCCUUAAAGAUACGCCCUAUUGUUCAUUAGUUCACUUUCUUUGUAAUUUAUUUCUUUUCCUUCUUAUUUAUUUUGUUUUUUGUAUAUUUGUCUGUUUCUACUGUAUACGCUCGUGUGUGCGAUCGCUUCUUGUUAUCCUAGGCGGGCCUGUUCCGAGCCUUUCACUAAUUUCAGGUCGUUUGUCUGACAUGAAGAGCAGCAGUUUAGUUAAAAAUGGACUUUAAUGGGACAAUUUUUUCAUUGGCCACAACUUUUCACUUGAUACUGUAUGUCUGCAUAAAGGCUAAAUUGGAUUAGGUGACAGUGGAUCCCCGUAUACUCGUGAUUCAAUAUUCACGGCCCCACAAAUUCACCGAUUUUUGGUCCAAAAAAUGUUUUUUAUUAGUUUUAGUUAGUUUUUCUCUAAAUAGAGGCUGUUUUUACCGUCAAACACAUCUCAUCCAUGUUAAGCCUGUAAUAAUUUAUAAAUAAUGAUAAUACAGGUAAAAUGUAGAGCAUACAUUUUUUUUUUAUCUCUUUAGGCGUCACGAUAAUGGUUUUUUGUCAAGCGUUGAGAUGUCGCAUUUUGUUAGGCAGUCCUUGAACGCACCAUAGUUGUGUGCAGUGACUGGCUCCAGCAUGACUCAGAUUCCAUCUGUUCAUUGAUGAUCUGCCAUUGUCAUUCGUUAGUGGUGAGUACCGAUGCAUUUUAUACUUCAAAUGCGUUUAAUAUGUGUGUGAGGCCUAUUUAGGGCUUAAACCUGAAUGGCGCAAUUAGCUUGUUAGCUUCUGUCACGAGUGAACAAUGGUAAUUGAAGAGAGAAGGGGAGGGUUCUGGAGUUGAAUUUAAUCUUAAGCAUUCCAACAGUCACUUUUAUUGCAAAUUUUGAUCUGAAAUCAAAGGAGAAUGUCAGCAUCAAGCUAGCAGGAGGGUUUGGAGGGGUAGGAACAAGCUCUGUGUUUAAAAAUGUACAUUUUUAUGGCCGUAUCAAUCACUCACGGAAUUUUGCCAAUUGCUGGUAAAUAGGCAUGGAACGUAACUCCUGCAAAAGUGGGGAUCUACUGUACAAACUUCAUUUUAAUUAGUUUUUUAUAACUUCAAAAUCACAUCAGUUGCAUUAAUACUGACAGUGGAUGCAGCUCUUCAUUAGGACAACCACUCCUGACAUUGUCCAAUCACCUUUCAAGCCAGGGGAGGCAGUUUGAUUCUGGAAAAAAAAAAUAGAUCUAGGGUGGAGUAUUACUUCAAGGUUGUGAUUUUCCAGGGAUGGGCCCAACCAGUUCAGACAUUUUUCUUUACCGCUCAAUUCAGUCCUGAGUAGAAUCUCUACGUGUGGUUUAGAAAAGCAGCAGCUUCAAUGUAGUUAUUCAUUUGUAUAAUAAUUAUAACAGGACAUGACUUUGCCCUGUAAUUAAUGAACAGUCACCCGUCACUAAUGAUACAUCAGAGAGCAUAAAAAGAGCUGCAUUCAUGUUCCUUCAAGACACAGGGUGUUGGUUUAUGUGUUCAAUUCCCUAAAUCUUGAUAUGGUGUUGUAAUCAACAUGCACUGGAAAGUACUUUGUUUGUGUAGAUCCAAUGGGUCCCUUUAUGUGUAUUGUCUUGCUUUAUGGUUGAUCAUGUUGCCUCACAUCAGUUGUAUAUCUGUGCAUUGGCCAAGGUGGCUCACACGUUUGAUUGAUUGGAAAGGGAAACAAUCUGCGCAAUCUGUGCCCUGUGUUUUGUUAGAAUGACGUUCCAAGCUGCAUUCUUGUUGUACGUGCAUCAAGAGUGGAGCAUCCCUGGUGGGGGACCUUGUAUUUUAUGGAAACCGUCAGUGUCUUUGAAUUUUGUAGUCCACUUUAUAUAAAUUUGAAGUUUUUGAGGACGUUUUGAAUUUUUUUUUAAUGAUAAGAUUCCGUCGUCUUGUUCUUUCUUAACUUUUCUUAAAGCGUAUUUUCUUAACAGAAAAGGAUCUGUUUUUAUAAAAAAAAAAGGUUUUUAACAAAUCCUUGUGACUCGAUUAUGUCAAGGGCAUUUUUUUCCCACAUUCCUUGCACAGCCCUUUGCCGUGUGUAAAGCAAACCAAAACAAUUCACUGUUGUUCAUUUAGCGUGUUACGUCGCCCUUCUUUGCAGGCUACAUCAAAUGUACAUGUAUUUGUCAAACCCUGGAAUAUGCCUUUUAACUGCUCAGUUUCAAAUGAAGUCUUGAUUAUCACACAUUCUCUGUAUACCAAGAAAGGAGACCCAGCGAAAAUGUAGCAUUUUUGUAAACAUUGACUGUGUGUUUUCGAGACUCUACUGUGCACUCAUUUUUGUGUUUAUAAAUGUAUUUUUGGUUGUUGAUAUAUUAUGGAAGUAAAGACAAUUUGUUACGUAGUGCAAUAUGCUGUACAUAAGGAGCUUUGCUCUACAAAUCUUUUUUCUGGAUUUCCUGUUGUUUAUUGGUACUUUUUUCAAUAAAAAUUUUAUUGAACGUG